UCCUAACUGGGAACUCGCAUGAAACCGGACGUUUGGCUGGGCACGAGGUGCGUGGCACUAUAUAUAAUCCGAGCCGGGGCAGGAACCUCAACACUCUCGUAAGCAACGAUCUUGAGAAAGGAUUAAGACACGAUCGAAGAUGCGUCCCGCCGUCGUCAUCAGCUUUCUUUUCCUUCUGGCCUUGGGUAUGGCCCACGCCCUCCCACGACCGGACGACAAGGAACCAAACCAGAGGUUUUUCCUCCCUAACUUGAUUGGGGCAGCUCAGGGCGCCUUCGGGGGGUUGUUCAAGCCCUUAGGAGGUCUCGGGGGCUUCGGUGGUGGUGGAUUCGGCAAGUACCCUGGCAGCUUCGGCGGUUACCCCGGUGGUUAUGGCGGGUACCCAGGAGGAUAUGGCGGGUACAGCGGAGGCUACGGGGGCUACACUGGAGGUUAUGGAGGCUAUGGUGGAGGCUAUGGUGGAGGCUACGGCGGCUACGGCAACUCUGGAUACGGAGGGAGCUUCUACGGUUGAAUGAGAUGUCACUUGAUGUAAUCCUUCUCAUUCCAUGAGAAUGCUAUCAGUUACAUUCAAAAAUCACCUUCACCCGUCUUCACCAUUUGCGAGCAAACCCCAUAAUUACAUUACUGCAGUUAUAAUUUAUUUAUCUACUUCUGCCAGGCUCUAGUGUAGCUCAUUUAUAUUUAUGUUUCCGACGAUAAUAUAUUAUGAGAACUUUA